AUGUCUUCUUCGAGCUAUACGCUGCCAAAAGAAGAACGAUUAUCGAUUGAAGAGUGUCCAAGAGAAGUAAUUGUGAAAACCGGGACGAUUAGCUGUUUUUUCAAACAGCAGUGGCUUAAUUUAUCUGAUGAAAUACGUAUACUAUUGUCAUUUCAUCCAAAAGAAUGGCUUAAUGCUUUUCGACGAAAUUCGAAAUAUCCUCUAUUUCUACCAGGUGACAUUGAUGGACUUGUUGCAUUAUUUAUUGAUAAUUUAGCAACAUUAUUGGCAAUUAUUCUUGCACUUCAACCUGUACUUGAUCCUGACAUUGUCGUGGCUCUGGCCAUGUUAUGGGGUAAUAUUUAUUAUGUUUACAUGGCUCGAAAGCUUGCCUACAAGGAGAAACGUAGUGAUGUAUGCACAAUGCCGUAUGGGAUUAAUACACCAGGAGCAUUCAAAAUUGGCUCUUUACCGAUAGCUGCUGUAGCUCUAAUUGUUGGCACUGCUCUCGGCUGGGCAACAUCAACAAACGAGGCACAAGAUGUACGUGAUGCCAGUAAAUUAGUUAAACCAUAUGCGCCAGUAUUUCCUGUUCAAGGUAUGUUCGAGAAUAUGAAUCGUAUCGGCCCGUACCUAUCCAUCACUAUUCCAACAGCUAUUUCAAUUGCUAUUGAAACUGUGCAAUGCGUUGAAUCAGCAAGAAGAGCCGGAGAUUUCUACCCGACUCGUGAGGCCAUGUUUGCUGAUGGUGUGGGAACAAUAUUUGCAAGUCUAUUUGGCUCAAUUCUUGGCAUGACCGGUGAGAUGUUUUAG